AUUAACCCAUUGUUGUCCAAGGAAGCCUUCUACAUGCUGUCUCCUAAUCGUGCCCUGAAAACCACAGAGGAGAUUGCUCUUCAGAUCUUCUUGCUUUGCCAGUUUGGAGUUGGGACUGUGGCCAACGUUCUUCUGUUUGUCUGUAACUUCUCUCCAAUCUUGACUGACUCUCAACUGAGGUCUGUACGGAUCCUUUUAAUGAACUUAGCUGUGGCCAACUUCUUGAUUCUCCUCCUCUUGGCAGCUCUAAACAACAUGACUGUUUUUGUUCUAAGGAAGCCCCCAAGCAACCUUACAUGUAAACUUGGCUACUUCUUUUACCUGGUGGCUAGAGGCACAAACCUGUGCUCCACCUGUGUCUUGAGCACUUACCAGUUUGUCACACUUGUUCCUGGUAACUGCUGUAGAGUGAUGCACAGACAAAGAUUCCCUAAGAUGGUGAGCUUUUCCAGUUGCAGUUGUUGGCUGUUCAAUGUCCUAAAUAGUGUCUACAUUCCUAUGAAGGUCACUGGUCCACGGAAUAUAGGCAAUGACACUGACUCUAAAAGCAAGUGGGUCUGCUCCACCUUUGGAUUCAGUACAGAAAUGAGCUUCUUGCGUUUUGUUUAUGACACCAUGUUCAUCAGCAUCAUGGUCUGGACCAGUGUCUCCAUGGUGAUUCUUCUGAACAGACACCAUCAGAGACUACAGCACAUUCACACCCUAAACCAGAACCGCAGAAGCUACGCGGAGACCAGAGCAGCCCACACCAUUCUGAUGCUAGUAACCGCAUUUUUGAGCUUUUAUCUUCUAGACUGUAUUUGUACUUUCUUUCACAUUUCUUUUGUGGACUCUCGUCUCUGGCUGAGGGAUGUCAAAUCAGUUUUGGCUGCAAGUUUCCCUACCAUUUCGCCCUUACUGUUGAUCUUCAGAUAUCCUAAGUAUCCUUGUCCUGUGCUCUUCAGCUGCUGA